AUGGUGGGGAUUUUCUCAAGAUUAUCGGUGAAGAGUAGUCAUCGUCGGCCUCAAAGCGCUCUUAAUGAAAUGCCUCGUACCUUAGACUCGACAAACAUUACUAGAACUGCUUCAAAUGCAUCGAUCGAAAACCAUGGAAUUGAAAUAGGUGUCGAGUUCAAGCCGAUCGAGCACCCAACCGAGCCUCUCGACUAUGAUCAACCUAUCCAGUGUCCAUUACCGGAGCCCUCAAUUCUUAAUGAUGGAAGAAUAUGGAAAGAAAGAGUGUCGGCAAGUGUAAAGACAAGGGCCGAGGGCAAUAAUGUACCGAACACUCAUCGAACAAAAACUCGGGCCCACAACCGAGUCAUUUUGCCGUCUGUCAGUGCUCCCGAACAUAACAUCCUUAAACUGCUCGAAGAAUGUAAUGCAUCUGGGAUUAGCUUCAACAGCUGA